CCUCACUGUCCUCGCUCAGACCUGAUCCCAGGUAGUGCAGUAAAGCCUCAAUGACAGCAUUGUGAAGCCAUAUAAAAGCCCAGUGAGAUCAGUGGAAAAUUAACCAAGAUGCAAAUUUAACGUUUUCCGAAGGGGGUGGCACAUUUCAGGGAGAGGGGAGGGACAAGACAGGCUUGCCUGAAUUUUUAAAAACCGUUUGCUGUAGCUACAAUAUCAGCCCUCGCUACAUCCGUGUGCUGCAGCCAAGACUGCUCUGGGAGCUCUAGUCUAGGGGAAUCCCGAGUUAAGGAAGUAGCACUAAAGACGGUACGGAGCAGAGUGCACAGUCCACAGUCUCUGCUGGCUUCUGGAUUGAUCCUCUUGCAGCUACUAUUUUUCUGCAAACACUGCAAACUAUUUUUCUUGCUUUUUUCCCCCACUGAGGACUGAAGACCCUUCCUAUUCACCAAUCAUGCCUGCAAAUUUAUCCACGUGGGCGAAGGAUGCCCGUCCUUAAGAACCUGCCGGGGAGGCUGAAGGGGAGAAAGGGGAGCGGAGAGGUGGCGAAGCUGAGAGGGGAGCUGAUCCUGCGCAAGAUGAGCCUGAACCCUUUCGAAGAGGUGGACCGGGAGGAGGAGGCCGAGGAGAACGAAAACUCCUCCCUGAGAGGGGGGACGCUGGGGGGGAAGAACCCCUUCGAGGAGGAAGAGGAGGAGAACGAGGUGAACGAGGAGCGGCGCAGCUUGGGGGGCCGGAACAGCCCCCUGCGGGGCACGCUGGAGCGCAUGCGCUCCCCACUCAAGACCCUGGGCAAGCUGGGCAAGGGGCUGCGCAUGUCGGGGCGCAGCAGGGGGGAGAACAGCCCGGCCUCCCGGCACCCCAGCGACAUCACCGCCCACGACAGGGACAAGAAGAAGCAUGUGCGCAGGAGCUCGGAGGAGAUCGUGUCUCUGCUCAGGCUGCCUGGAAAGCGCAAGGAGAGCCUGCCUAACGGGGACCCCCUGAGCCCGGGGGAGAAGGAGGAGACGGAAAAGAGGCGCACGUCCUUUCUCAAGAUGGUGAGGGGCGGGAAGACCAAAAACCCUUCCGAGAAAGGGUCGCCCGAGCCCGAGGAGGAGAAGGUGGUCGAGCAGCCUGAAGUGAAACCCAAGGAGCCGCUAUCUGUGCUGGAGAUCCUGCAGCUGGUGACGAAGAGGGACCUGUUCCUGGCCGACACCCACAUCCUGGAACUGGAGCGGGAGUGCGAGGAGGCCGCGCUGGGGGGACCGGGCACCCCCACGGCGGGCGGCGCCGACGAGGCCACGAGCCCCACCAAGGACGGGGGCCGGCGCAAGGCCAAGGACGUGGAGCUGCUGUACGAGGCGCUGCAGAAGGAGCUGUGGGACGUGGUGCGCGAGUCCCUGCGCUGCCCCAACCCCGGCUCCACCCUGCGGCUGGUGGUGCAGGUCGUGGAGCAGGAGGAGGCGGCGGAUCAGGACUGGGUGCAGAAGGAGGGGGGGCAGCAGGGCCCCCGGCCGCGGCAGCUCAAGCGCAAGUGGAAGGAGGCGGUGGCGGGGGCAGCGAACGGCAGCCUCCCCCAGCACGAGGAGGCCCAGAGUGGGCAGCUGGCCGGCUUCCUGGGGCAGCUGAGGACCCGCGUGGUGGAGGAUCUGGGCGCGGCCAGCAGGAACGUGGUGUCCAUCUACCCUGACGACUACAACGCCUUUAACGUCUACGUGCAGAGCUACCACCAGGCCAUCGGCCAGCGCCUGCAGAACCUCACCAGAUACCCCCUCACCAUCUCGGACAACUACGCCCUGCUGGACUGGAUUCACAACACAUACAACAGGGAGGUAUUGGCCAACAUUAGCCUGACUCGUGCCAUCGACCGCACCAGUCUGGGUCCAGUGCUCCCACUGGAGAUUGUGGAGAAACUGGAGCAGGACUGUAUCAGUUCUGUCAGGGACAAGGUGACGACAGAACUGUUGCAGGUACUGGAGGAGGAGGAGAGGCGAUGGACAGGGUCCCGACACAUAGAGGAGUAUCAGUCCACUCUCGCCAGCACCGUCAUCAAGAGGCUGCAAGUAGACCUGGACAAAUCGGCCACCAUCACCAGAGACCUGGGCUCUCGUGUGGCACAGUGCUGUCUCACUGGGCUAGCAGAGUUCCUGUCCAGGUUCCAGAGGAAGGUCGAGUUCUUCCACGAAACCCAGAUGGAGUUUGGCCAGCAGGGUGACGGCUAUAUCUCGAAGACCAUCGCCCUCGUCAACUGCUGCCCCCCUUUCAGGGCCUUCGUGCGCCGUUGCACCCAGUGCGAGCCGGCGGAGUGCGAGGAGGCGACGAGGCGGGCCAACGCCUCUCUGGACAAGAUCGUAAAUCAGGGAGUGAGGGUGCUGACGGACAGGCUGUUUGACCACAUCAAGCCCUACUUCGACAAGCUGGUGAAGAGGAAGUGGCUGAACAACACAGAGGCCUUCGAUACCAUCCAGGAGACAAUCAAGAUCCACUUCAAGAGGUUCCGCCGGAUGGACAGCCCCCCCUAUCUGGUACAGACACGUUUGUACCCCUGUCUUUCUGGGGACUCAGGUCCCGGUUUUAUUUCCUAUUCCACCUCUGUUUUUUGUGGUGGAGCGCAUGAUGUUCGUGGAAUAAACACUAAUUCCACUGGGGCCCUUCUGUUUUUCCUUCAGGAAUCCGAGGCCUCGUGGCUGGACAACGCCAUCCCACUGCUCUCCGAGAUCAUUGUGCUGGAAGACACCCCCUCGAUCCAGAUGGAAGUGGGAGUCCUGGUCAGGGAGUACCCAGAUAUCCGGAAGAAGCACAUUUCCGCCGUCUUGAACAUCCGUGGAAUGAUGCGCCAGGUGGAGCGGCAGGAGAUCCUGAACAUCGCGAAGGACUUCGAGAACAGCGACAGCCUGACGCAGCUCUCCCGCGACCGGGCCCUGUUCUCCGAGGUACCCGUGACCUCGGAGGUCCACUGCCUCAACCUGGGCCUCAGCCGCCUCGCCCUCACCACCUCCUCCUGCCUCUCCCUCGUCCGGUCCAGCCGGAAGAGCUCACGGAGGCGGGAGGCUCCCGAGGACCAGCUCUAACUCCGGACAGCGCUGACUCGUGUGUGUGUGUGGGGGGGCGUUGUCUUUUUCGACGAGUCAGCCCCUCUUUGGAGUUGAAUCAUCAGAUCCUGAUCUUGCUAAAAAAGAAUCUCAAGAAAAUGAACUGAGGUUCGUCUGCUGGUACCUUUGAUCCUAGGGCUUCUCGUUCAUCUGAGACUCCUGGCAGCAGAGUGCGGGCUGAUUUGUGCUGUGUCAACGUCAGAAACAGCGCUUAUUUGUUCUCUGCUGCCCUGGGUGCAGGGUGCCUUUCUGUGAUAUGACGCUCUGAAUGGACUCACCUUGUGGUAUAAAGCUGGUGUGAACGUCUACAUCAGGAUAAUACAAGGUAGUGCGAUUUUUCUCUUCUUUGUCAUGCGGACCGAGUCGUCUGUGUGCGGAAUGUGGAGUUUCUGGGACACUGGCUGCACGUCUGAGCAGAAAUCGCAGCUUCAUUCGUGCCAAAAAAAAAGUCGAUGAAAGUCAGUAGACUGCAUGAGUGCUCAGGUCACAGUUGGCGAUUCAUAAGGACAACAGCAUUUGUCUCCUUUUACGAGACACAGUAAUCCUAAAGGCACAUUUCUUUUCUUAUUUGCUUUAACAUAACCGCAUGUCCCUUAACCAGUGCUUGCUGCAUUCAAUCCAAUCACAGACAGAAAACACCAGACAAACAGACAGGACAAACAGACAAAGACCAACUGGAAAUAAGGCUGACAGAUCUACAUUGGAAAUCGCUAUAACUGCUGUAUGUACUGUAUCUCUGAUACAAUGCACUCCAGAAUUUGGGGACAUUUUUUUGUUUAAAAACAUCUCAUUCCUGUAAGAUUUAGUGUCUGUUUCUAAGAAAGCAGCUGUCAAUUUCAUUAUGGCAUGAUUUAAGGUACUAUAUUGCAUUAUAAUUGUGCACACAUCUCCCUUUUUACUUCUACUUUAGAGAAUUUAAGAAAACUCUUUUUCUAUGGGAGUAAAUGUGAAUGGAACAAGUCAUACUUGAAGAUAAAAUUCAGCUGCAAACAUCUCAUCUCACCAGGAGAACAUUUUCAAAUUUCAAGAAAAAAUCUAUUUGCAGACAGUAAAUCUUAUUUAUUGCAGAUGUGUUUCUGUAGGAGUUGUGCUCUAAAGCAAAAUCUCAGUCCCACAUGCAGUUUUAAGAAACUAUUGAUUUAAACAAAUAAUGCCAGAUGACUGUAAGAGAAACCAUGUGAUUUGAAAAGCAGUUUUAGAAUAAAUUGUAAUAACCACAUUUUUAAAAGGUUUCCCUUAGUUUUUCACUGAGUGGCAGUAACAACUCUGUUUUUUAGAAGCUGUGUAGAAAUUCGUCUGCACAAUAUGACGUUCUCAGCUGUGGGUCUUGAGGUAGGACACAGGCAAGUGCAAUAACUCAUGUCUUGAUCCAGGGGUCGCAUUCAGGGUCUGUAACGAGGGUCAGAUUCGGAGUGCUUAAUUAUGGCCUUUUAUAAAGACGCCUUUUCCCACAAGUAAUAAUUCAUGGCUUGCCUGGCUGCAGGAGAGAGUGCUCCAGGAAAUCCUUUGUUUCACACAGCCGUGUGAGGAAACAGAGCAGGAGGGGAUGGUAUUAGGAGAGGGAAUGAGACAUGGAUGCACAUGCGAUUCACUGGAGUGACUUUCAGGUUUUCACCUCUGUGGAUCAGUUCAGAUCCCAGCAAUCUCUCACUGUGGACAUGUUGUCAAUAUUAGAGGCACACUAAACCUCAACAGUCUUUGCAGUCUCUGGUGAUUUGUUUGUGGACCAGGAAGAGAGGGGUAUUAAGAUCUGAAACCCCACUUUCUAAACCAUAAUAUGGAUUUAUAUGCCAAACUGCAAGUUAGUUGGCAAACCAUAAGUAAAUAAGAAGGCAAUACUCUCAUGCCUUUAAAUAAGACGUAGAUAAAAGAAAUGACCAAACAAAGGAUUUGACAGAAAAAACACUAUUUAAAAUAAAAUUAAAUAGCUUUCAUUUUUUUUAUUAGCAUUGGGAGAUUUCACAGGUAGAAACUACAGGAAAAGUUAAUUUAGAACCAAGAACAAGUGGCAGCGCUUCUGCAAAGGUUUGUGGAACUGCCCAACGGUGCUGGUGAAGCUGAAAGUCCGGCUUCUUUCAAGAAAUGUUGUCAUUUUCAUAUCCCACAGCUGAUCCCAUCAUUCAAGGGGGCUUGGUGGAUUAAAGGUCCUCCGACAUCAGAGAGAAAUCACUAAGAAAAGCUUUAGUUGUUUAAACCAGCCCUUACAGAAACAUGCAGAUGACAUUCAUUCUGCAGCACAACGUCCUGGCAGCUCAUCUACAGGGAUUAAACAAAACAAUUUCCCACAUGUGUUCUGUUCAUUUUUGGACUAUGUCCCUUGUGUUAGAAAACAAAUUAUGCAAGUUAUGGAUUUGGAAAGGCUAAAAAGGAUGUCUUGAUCACAUUGGUGCAGAAAUGAAUGGUUGUAAAUCAUUUAUUGAACAGUAACACGAUAUGUAGUUUCGUUUCAGGGCAGUUCAGUCUCAAAGACACAGGAGAGGAGAAAGGGGGAAGAUUAUGUUUUAUUUUUGCUCUUCUGUCCUCUUGGUCACAGGGAUAUCUGGUCAUUCCAAUCACAGUUUCUCCUGCCCUCCUCUUUAAUACCUUAACACAGCACACAUCUGACUCCAUGCCUUUCUUUAAACCUUUCUCCUGUCCUUGUCUGUGGUCAUUGCCCGUCAGCAGGUGUGCAAUCACGUAGGAAAGAAUGUCUUCUACCGUGGAGUGUAAGUUAUGUAAUAAUCUAAUGUAAAUAAACCAAUCCUGAAAACGAUA